UGUCAGAGUGUGACGUAUAAUCUAGUGGACAGGAGGACGCCACUUCAACAAUAACAAGUAUCGUCAGCCAGCUUCGUAGCCGAUAUAGGCAAAAACAUUACAUCUCUUUAGUCUGUUUUGGUAUCUAUUAUUCAGUGUGUUUUAAACAUACUUCUGUCGUAUCUAUUUACGUUGUUUGUUGGGUAGCUGGCUUGCUAAGUUAGCAUUAGCAAACAGUGCUACUGCUAACUAUCUAGCUAGUUAACAUCCCCGACCAUGAACUCACUAAACUACUACCCCGGUGUUAAAGAAGAGGAGGUCUGCUGGACGGAGAAAGAGGGUCUCGUGAAAGAGGAAAAGGAAGAGGAGGCUGUAACAGUAAAAAAAGAAGUAGAGGGUGAGGCUGUUUCAGUGAAAGAGGAAGAAUAUUUAAGAGUGAAAGAGGAGGAUGCUGUUUUUGGAGUGGAGGAGGAGGAGGGGGAGAUUACUGUGACGUUGAAAGAGGAGGAAGAGGAGGAGGAUACCGGAGAUCUGAUUAAUACUAGAGAGAGAUCAGACUCUCACUCUGACAGCAGCAAGAGUCCCUCAGAGGAACCAGUCACAGAGACGUCCAAACCAGCGAGACGACGCCACUGCUUCAACUGUGGAAAGAGUUUUACUAAGUUACAGAACCUAAAAAAGCAUGAGAGGACACACACAGGAGAAGAGCCUUUCCAAUGUUCCCAAUGUGGAAAGAAUUUUAUUCAGUUAGCGAGCCUGAAAAGACAUAAGAAAAUACACACAGGAGAGAAGCCUUACCACUGUUCCCAAUGUGGAAAAAGUUUUAGGUUGUUAGGUAGCCUUAAGGAGCAUGAGAGAAUACACACAGGAGAGAAGCCUUUCCAAUGCUCUCACUGUGAAAAGCGUUUUACCCAGUUAGGGAGCCUAAAAGAUCACGAGAGAAUACACACAGGGGAAAAACCUUUCCAAUGCUCCCAGUGUGGAAAGCGUUUUACCCAGUUAGGGAACCUAAAAGAUCAUGAGAAAAUACACACAGGACAGAAGCCUUUCCACUGCUCCCAGUGUGGAAAGAGUUUUACCUACUUAGCGCAUCUGAAAAACCACGAGAAAGCACACACAGGAGAGAAGCCUCACCUCUGCUCUCAGUGUGGAAAGAGUUUUACCCAGUUAGGGGACCUGAAUAGGCAUGAGAGGACACACACAGGAGAAAAGCCUUUCCAAUGUUCCCAGUGUGGAAAGAAUUUCACACGGUUAGGGAACCUAAAAGAGCAUGAGAGGACACACACACGGGAAAAGCCCUACCCAUGCUCCCUGUGUGGAAAGAGUUUUACCCAAGUAGGGUAUCUGAAAAAACACGAGACAACACACACAGGAGAGAAGCCUCACCUCUGCUCCCAGUGUGGAAAAAGUUUUACCCAGUUAGGGGACCUGAAUAGGCAUGCGAGGACACACACAGGAGAAAAACCUUUCAAAUGUUCCCAGUGUGGAAAGAAUUUUACCCGGUUAGAGAAUCUAAAAGAGCAUGAGAGGACACACACACAAGAAAAGCCUUUCCAAUGUUCCCAGUGUGGAAAGAGUUUUACCCGGUCAGGGAACCUAAAAGAGCAUGAGAGGACACACACCCGGGAAAAGCCCUACCAAUGCUCCCUGUGUGGAAAGAGUUUUACCCACUUUGGGUAUCUGAAAAAACAUGGGAGAACACACACACAGGAGAAAAGCCUCACCUCUGCUUCCUGACUGGAAAGAGUUUAACUAAGUUAGGGGUCCUGAAUAGGCAUGACAGGACACACACAGGCGGGGAUAAGACCUACCACUGCUCCCAGUGUGGAAAGAGAUUUAACCGGUUAAGGCAGCUGAAUAAGCAUGAAAGAAUGCAUACACAGGAGGAGAAGACAUACCACUGCUCUCAGUGUGGAAAGACAUUUUCCCGAUCAGGGGAAAACACACCAGAUAACUUUUCUUGCCCAGAGAGAGAUUUUUUUAUUUGCAAGUAGACAAAUAAUGCUGGCGACUAUAUAAAUAUUUACACAAAAAAAGAAAUGAAACAUGGCAUUGAUCAAACUACCAAACUGAACUGACUCAAGAGAAAACACGAGGGAAGUGAGGAGCUGUGUUCUGUCUGAUGUUUUUGACUGAGAACUUGUGGUUUUGUUGUUGUCACAUGAAAUCAAAUUGUUUAUAUGGAUGAUUCUCCGUAAACCAGUUUUAAAACAGUUUCUGUAGAUAAUGGAGUUACAAAACCAUGAUGCAUCUGUAAAAACCAACUGUCAUUCUGAGGACUAAGUUUAGUAGUUACAAAACCAAAUGUCGUUCUGAGGACUAAGUUUAGUAGUUACAAAACCAAAUGUCGUUCUGAGGACUAAGUUUAGUAGUUACAAAACCAACUGUCAUUCUGAGGACUAAGUUUAGUAGUUACAAAACCAAAUGUCGUUCUGAGGACUAAGUUUAGUAGUUACAAAACCAACUGUCGUUCUGAGGACUAAGUUUAGUAGUUACAAAACCAAAUGUCGUUCUGAGGACUAAGUUUAGUAGUUACAAAACCAACUGUCGUUCUGAGGACUAAGUUUAGUAGUUACAAAACCAACUGUCGUUCUGAGGACUAAGUUUAGUAGUUACAAAACCAACUGUCAUUCUGAGGACUAAGUUUAGUCAAAGUGUCUUAUUUUCAAUACAUUUUAUUUUCGCCUGAAUCAUCUUUUCUUCUGGAUUAAAUUCUUGGGUCAUUUUCUUUCUUUAGAAAAAACAAACUUAUUUCAAAUAAAACCCAAAGUAUGUUCCUGUAAUUUGUCCAUAAAUCAUAAAAAAAUGGUAUAUUCAUUGAAGUUUACAUUAUACUAUACUAUGUAUUAUGUACAAACACAGUGUCUGUGGACAUGUUGGGGAAAAAGUCUGAUUUAAUUUUAAACAUGUUUAUUUUCAGUGUUAUUUAACUCCGACCUUUACAUCACAAGAGCAAUGUCAAAAAAUAUAUAUAUAUAUAUUACAAAUGGAUUAGUUUAUAACUGUUAUGGUAAUUAGAACUUUGUGGAAAUUGUGGUAAAAUGCAUAAUAUCUGAUAAAAACUUUUUUUUUUAAAUAUAAUUAUGAAAUAGAUAAGUACACAUUCUAAUCUCAGCGGUCCAAGAGAACAUCUCAUGACAAAUGACACUUGAGGAAUGUUGUGGUAAAAACAUGACCUUAUUCUAAGAUAGAGACUUUGCUACUGCGGUGUUUUCAUCUCGAGAUAUGAUCAUGUCCUAAAUCAGAUUUUUUUUUUAAAAGAAGGGCAAAUAGGUAUUUUGUUUAGAUUAUGAGUGUUGAUUAUGUAAAUACAAGUAUAAAACCUCUUGUCUUUCAUUGUAUGAUUUUGGAUAUUGCUGAAUGUAAAUGAUGAUAUCAUUUAAAGGAAGUACAGUGUAUUCAGGAAGUACUCAGACCCUUUGAACUUUUUACCACAUUUUUUUACGUUACAGCCUUAUUCUAAUGUGUUUUUAUUCUCCCCUCAUCAAUCUACACACAAUGACAAUGAAUAUUGAAAAUCAGACCUUCUUGUUGAGUAUCUGAUCAUCUAUGUGUAUAGGAGUGGUUAAAACAUGCUAAUAAUGGACCUCUGAGUACAUCAACAAAAAGUUGGGACCUGGAGAUUUCCCAGACUUAUUAAAGGCUUUAAUGGCAUCAAGAAGUUCCUCCUCUGUAAUUUAAUCACAUGAGUCAUUCUGUACAACUCUUCUGUAAUUUAAUCACAUGAGUCAUUCUGUACAACUCUUCUGUAAUUUAAUCACAUGAGUCAUUCUGUACAACUCUUCUGUAAUUUAAUCACAUGAGUCAUUCUGUACAACUCUUCUGUAAUUUAAUCACAUGAGUCAUUCUGUACAACUCUUCUGUAAUUUAAUCAUGAGUCAUUCUGUACAACUCUUUUGUAAUUUAAUCACAUGAGUCAUUCUGUACAGCUCUUCUGUAAUUGAAUCACAUGAGUCAUUCUGUACAACUCUUCUGUAAUUUAAUCAUGAGUCAUUCUGUACAACCCUUCUGUAAUUUAAUCACAUGAGUCAUUCUGUACAACUCUUCUGUAAUUUAAUCACAUGAGUCAUUCUGUACAACUCUUCUGUAAUUUAAUCAUGAGUCAUUCUGUACAACUUCUGUAAUUUAAUCAUGAGUCAUUCUGUACAACUCUUCUGUAAUUUAAUCACAUGAGUCAUUCUGUACAACUCUUCUGUAAUUUAAUCAUGAGUCAUUCUGUACAACUCUUCUGUAAUUUAAUCACAUGAGUCAUUCUGUACAACUCUUCUGUAAUUU